AGUAUCCCUUGUUGGUUUUUAUCAUAUUGUGUGGUCGGCAGCCUCAGCGCUUACAAAUUAUGCAGGCUUACAUCUCAACUGUCACAUCUUUGUACCCUCGCUUGUCAACACGGCAGGGUUCUACGAUAUAGAGGGGCUGGGCAGCUGAUUGUAUAAUAAGAUCUAGCUCUCUCUGGCCAUUUGAGUAGCAGCUGAAGGACUACAGGAAUCGUUCCAACACAGAUCAAGGAGCAGGCUAUAACGUAAUAGGCUGCGUCCUAGAAACCAUGCCCGAGUAUCGCAAGGCUGAACUUGCCUCAGCUGCUGUCAUCCUCGGUUUCGCGCCUACAGUUCUUCAAUUGCUGAGUGCAUCGUAUCUCGACACUGCGGUGCUGGCAUAUCGUCGUCCUGGGCUUGCCUUUCUGCUUUCAAUGUCCAGUUCCGGAGUGCGUCCUCUUACAGCAACAGAUUACGACGGCUUCAUCGCCACAGCGGGUACCGAUCCAUUUCAUACCAAUUUUGGCAAAUCUCAAUCAGUCUGGGCACCCACUAUUGUCUCUAUACUAGAGUAUACUAUUGCUAGUGGAGCCGUUGCCAAUAACGCCUACCUCGCAUAUCAGCUUAGCGUAUGGGCAGUCUGUACAUUUUCCCCCCAACAGGACUAUCUUCCUGCUAUGUGGACCGCUGCAGCUCUGGUCAUACAUCUAGUCGGAUAUUUGGCUGCCAGAUUAAGAAUCUCUGUGGAAGGAAGAGGAGGAAGCGGAGAAAACAACAAUCGAGGUACACUGUGGCAUAGACUCUGGGCUGAGCUCACACCUACUCCCUGGCAGACUAGGUUCGAGGUCAAGAAAAGCGACAGGCACAAUGGCUGGUUUCUGGUGUUGGUAUCUGCUCUUUUUAUUGGGGAUGCGCUACAGGCAUUCUUUGGGACUCUCAUUCUUUCAAGUUUGGUCUUUAUAAGUGUGAGGGAUUCAGCGAUUAUAGUGAUUCGGUUGAUGGCGAGUGCUCUUUCUGCCCGAGGAAUACUGAUUUAUGAGUUAGCUGGGUUGAACACAGAGGAGGGACGUGGUAUAUCUGAAAAGCCCCACUACUCGGCAGUAGAAACAUAAUAAGUUAUUCGGAUAGCGAGAUCGAUUUAGCAGAAUGGGCAUUAGCUCGAGGGGGAUCAGCACUUAGAUUUUCCAAACCACAGCAGGAACUCCUAGUCUCAUACAGCUUAUGUUGGUGAAUUUGUUG